AUGGCUGACUCAAACAUUGUACUAAGAAACGACAAUAAUAAAAACAAAGGUGGUCCGGAAUUUCUUUCUCUUGAUCCAUCUAUGAUGUUAAUGGCACAAUCAAUUCCUAUUGAUACAUAUUCUUUUCACACCGCUCAAGACAAUCAUGAAAGUGUCAUCUUUAUUUGGUUUGAUCCUCAAGAACAAUCAGGCCUCCGUCUUGUUGGACCACUUCGAGUAAUCAAUCAUCAUGUACAAGCUUUUAGUGAUUCAUUAUCAUGUAUUAAUGCGAUAAAAUCUUCAAAAGAAAAAAUCUUUUUUAUUACAUCAUCAAGUGAUAGUGAAUUGAUUAGAACAGUUCAUAAUCUUGCAUCUGUUGAAGCUAUUUUCAUACUUGCUUCAAAUGUUGAUAGUAUUAAAGGUGAUUUCCCAAAACUCUGUGGCAUAUAUUCUCAACAAGAAGAAUUAUUUCGUGGAUUAAAAGAAAUAUUGGAUAUUUUUGAACAAAUACAACUUGAAUCAUUUGCAUUUGAACAUGAGAAAGUAUUUCUUUGGUCACAAAUAUGGAAAGAAGAAUUGACAAAUCGAAAAACAUCAUCCAACAAAAAUAUCUUUAUUGAAGCAACUCGACAAUAUUAUCGAGAUAAUAUGAUAAUAACUCGAAUUAUUGAUGAAUUUGAUCAAUCUUAUCGACCUACUGAAGUCAUUAAUUGGUGUUUUCAUUCUCCAUAUCCUUCACGUUUUCUUCAUCAUACACUUGACUCACACAACAAAGAAGAACUUAAUGUUUGCCGUUCUCUAUUUGUCGAUGCUUCUCGUUUUUUCCAACAACAACGUCAACGUAAAUCGAGUGAUAAAUUCUAUCGAGGUAUGAAACUAUCAAAUGAACUUCUCGACAAAUUUAAAGCUCAUGUUGGUCAACUUGUAUGUACAAGCGGAUUUUUUCCUUGUGUUAAAUCGAGAGUAAACGCCUUAACACUUGCCUCAUAUCCAGCAUAUCGUACUGAUUUAUUACCAGUUUUAUUUAAAAUUGAUUGUGAUGCAUCUACUCCAUGUAUCGAAUUAGUUCAGAAAAAUUCUCCACCAUUAAUGAUAUUUGAUAUUUGUACGGCAUUUCAUAUUAUUUAUGUUAAUCGAGAUCAAAUGACGGUUAUCAAAAUGAAGACAGCUAAUGAAAUGGGAAAAAAAAUUGGUUGGGAUUAUAUAGAAAAACAUAAAAAUGAAACAAUACAAUCAAUUCUUGAUGAACUUAUGAAACCACCAGUGCAUCCGAAACCAGGUACUCUUCCUCCACUACGACCAAUAUCAAGUCCUACAUCAAGUCAAAAAAAAGAUUCAAAUUUAACUGCUGAAGAAAUAAAGGCACAAAAAUGUGUCGAAAAAGGAGAGAUCGAUCGAGCUUUAUCUAUUUACCAACGUAUUCGACCUGUUACCGCUCGUGUACUAAAUGCUAUGGGUCAAUUAUGUGCUGAUAAAAAAGAAGAUUAUACUUAUGCUUUGCAAUGUCAUAAAAAAGCACUCAAAAUGCAAGAAGAGGCUGGUGAAGAUAUUAGUGAUACUUUAACUGAUCUUGGAAAUGUAUAUCAUAAUUGCCAUCAGUUUGAUUUAGCUUUAAAUUGUCACACACGUGCACUUGCAUUGCGUCAAUCUAAUCAAUCAUCUGAUGAUGCUGCUAUUGCGACGAAUCUGAUUGGUAUUGCUAAUGCUCAUUGGGCUCGUCAGGAAUAUCCUGAAGCAAUUGAUAAUACUCAACGAGCCUUGGCCUUACGAGAACGUAUUGUGCCUCUGAAUAAAACAAGUGUAGCCGCAACUCUUGCUAUGUUGGGAAACAUCUAUCAAGAUUGUGGUAAUGUUGCUCUUGCUCUUGAUCUAUGUAAAAAAGCAUUCGUCAUGUUUGAAAGUACAUAUUCACCGGAUCCAUCAAUAUUAGCUGAACUAUAUCAUAGUUUGGGUACAAUGCAAUUAAGUAUGGGGUCUUUCGAUGAUGCUUACCAUAGUUUUGACAAUGUGGUAAAAAUUUAUAGACAAAUCUUUCCACAAGGACAUCCAGAUUGCAUAGCAGCAGAAAAUGAUCUUCAACAAGUUAUCAAAUUACAUAGUCCGAGCAAGAAAGAUUCAUAA